AUGAGCGUCUCCAAAUCUGAACCGAUCCUUAUCAUAGGAGGCGGUGCCUUUGGCCUCUCAACAGUCGUGCACCUCCUCAGAGCAGGCUACAAGGACAUUACCGUUCUCGACAAAGAUGAAGAGAUUCCCUCUCGAUGGUCUGCUGCAAAUGAUCUCAACAAAAUCGUGCGCGCAGAAUACGAAGAUCCUCUAUACCAAGACCUCACAAAAGCAAUUGAGGCCUGGCAAACUCCCCUGUUCGCUCCGCAUUUCCACCAAGUAGGCUUCCUGCACUGUGUUUCUGGCAAAGCACCAAAAGAAGCGCUUGACACGCUCAAUCGAUUCCGCGCUGCUGCGGAGCGCGACCCUCGCAUGAGAUCUCAUCUUUCGCCACUUGAUAGCCAGGAGGAUAUUGCAGAUGCUGUUUGGCAGUACAAGGACAGCGCGUUUCCUGGGUGGAAUGGGUACUUUAAUAGGUUCGAUGGUUAUGCGCACUCUGGCAACGCGUUGAAGUCCAUUUUUCUGGCGACGCGGGCCCAAGGUGUGAAGUAUAUCCUUGGUGCAGCAGGCGCUGUAUCUGAGAUCGUUUACGAGAAGACGUCGUCUGUUCGCAAGGCAAAGGGCGUCAAAACCACUGGCGGGCUGUUUUACUCCUCUAAUCUGGUCAUCGUCUCUGUCGGUGCGGCUGGUGCCAAGCUUGUCCCAGAGAUUGGCAAACAACUCGUCGCAAAGUCAUGGUCUGUGGCUCACUUACAUCUGACCGACGACGAAACAUCUGCUCUUCGUGGUAUUCCAGUGACAUACGCACGCGAUCUCGGUUUCUUCUUCGAGCCCGAUCCCAAGACGAAUCUCCUCAAACUAUGUCCCAUGGGCGGUGGCUUCAUCAACACUGAUCCCAAGACCGGAAUUUCACAUGCACCUACAGAUUUGAAGCAGAGUGCCUUCCUACCCGAGGGUGAUGAGAAGCAGCUCCGUGAGCUUGUGCGACAGACCCUCCCUCAGUUCGCUGACAGGCCGUUCGUAAAAAAGACCCUGUGCUGGUUCGCUGAUACAGCCGACUCGGACUUUAUCAUCGACUACGUGCCCAACACGUCUUCAUCGGUGCUAUUCUUGUCUGGAGAUAGUGGUCAUGGGUUCAAGUUCUUCCCUAUCUUUGGCGGGUUUGUGAAGGAUCUGUUGCAGUCAGAGAAGGGAGAGCAACCUGAGGCGAGAUGGAGAUGGAAAAACCCCAAGAUAGAUGAGGUAAAGGGUGAUUGGGGCGGUGCUGUGAGCUGGAGACUUGGCAACUCGACUGAGCUUGUGGAUAUACAGCCUGUUGGCCAGACCAAGCUCUAG